AUGGACCGUGGAGGAAGCUCAAGUAGUAGCGCUACGGAUGCCGAGAAGAACGGCUGGGACCACGCCGACCCUUUCCAAGAGGACCAGCAGGGACAGCAAGACACACCGGGGCAACCAAACCGGGUCGCCUUUUCACAUCCCAGCCCGGAAGCCAGGACCAGCAAUGAGGCAGAUUCACAUUCGCGCAACGACAGCAACUCCAGCGGCGAACAGAAGCUAGAACGCGUGCACACCUACGAGAAGAUCAAGCAUGCUGCAGAAGACGUUGCACCUGGACUUGUUGAAAAGAUACGCACUGCAAAGGAACUACUACAUCUGCACAGCGUAAAAGCGACUGGGCCGACCAACUUCUUCAACCCGACCAAUAUCCGCAUGAAGGUGCAUUUUCGACAUAACUCUGACGAAAAUACUGACUUCGGCAUGCGAGACUCCAAAGAUAUGGAUCUGCUGUGGCGGUCGCGUGACAACCGAAAAGGCCGCAACUCCAUCGCAGUGCCAGAGAUGCCGACAGAGGAAACGCCCUUUCUUCCCAUGCGCUACACUCCUCGCUUGUCUACGAAGUUCGCAGAUAUUCGCAAGAACCUGUGGAAGAUGUGCACGACUUUUGCGUACUGGGACAUGGCUUUUUGGUCUGGUUGGUCCUACACUAUCGGCUCAGCACUCUUCGUCACGAAUGGUGUCCUGGCUUGGGGGCCAAAGGCUUUCGGAGAGGACUUUGAAUCCGCCCAGACAGAGGGGUAUGGUCCAUCGCUGACCUUCUUCAUCGGAGCACUCUUCUAUCAGAUCGGAGCUGUGACUGCAUAUCUGGAAGCUGUGAAUGAUGGCAGUUUCCAUGGUGCUGCAAUGCGAAAGCUACUCGAAGGUCACGACGAUGACAACAAGAAACUACUUGACGACAAGAUUCACCAUUUCUUCAGUCACAUGAACCCAGCUCAUCGCCACCGGGAAGAGGUCUACCAAGAUCCUCGUGUCAAUCUUAACCCAGAAGCCGGCUGGAACACCAAAGAAGCUCGCAAUUUGCGACCUGGAUCCAUCUACCCACGAGACAAGCACCCUGCCCCACGACGAGGCGCUGUCGAUAUGGGCGGCGAAGAAAGUGAAGGCAGCGGAUACAUGGUAUGGCGAUGGUGGCCCACAUGGAAAGCACUGCGUACCCACCACGUCUAUGAGAUCGGAUAUACGGCCUGUGCAAUCCAGCUAUUCGGUGUCACGCUCUACGGCGUCACAGCAAUCGUCAUCCUCCCAGGCAUUCUAUCCAGCCUGAACUGGUGGCAGACUCUUGGCGCAUACUGGUGCCCCCAGAUCGUCGCCGCGUUGUGUUUCUUGACAGCCAGUAUCAUGUUCCAACUCGAGACUCAAGAGAACUGGUGGAAGCCAGAGCCCAAAGUCCUCGGCUGGUGGAUUGGUAUAUGGUCUGUCGUCGGAUCCGUUGGUUUCGAGCUUUGUGCUUGCUUCGGUACCGCUGCUGCUGUCAGGGAGUGGCACUGGGCUGAGUAUCAGAGCGAUCUGUCUUCCAUGUGGGGUUCUGCUGCGUAUCUUACCGGCAGCUUUCUGCAGUGGUAUGAGGCGCUGAAUAAGAACCCGCUGGAAGAGUUGUUGAACGAGCCUGGUGAGAUGAAGUCGCAUCAAAUUCAUCCGAUAUGA